UUCUGCUGUUUCCUUGAAAUUAUGAAAAUGAGUAUGUCAUGUCAUGAUUUGUCCACAGAUGGAAGAUUCAGAAGGGACAGUGAGACAAAUAGGGGCAUUCUCUGAAGGCAUCAACAAUCUCACACACAUGUUGAAGGAAGAUGACAUGUUUAAAGAUUUUGCUGCCCGCUCUCCCAGUGCCAGCAUUACAGACGAAGAUUCAAACGUUUGACCUGUUUGAGCAGUAGGAGCCCUUUGUCUUUUUUCCACUUUAUUUUUUAAAUACUUACAUUGUGUACUAUAAGCAACAGAUUGUAUAUUGUUUAUCAUUCCAACUUUUUCUCAUUUAGAAGUGGAAAUGGACAACAGGAGAAUUGUGCCUAUUCAGAAUUUGCCACAAAAAAUGAGACACUGGUGAAUGAGAGUAUAAUUUUUGUUCCUCUAUUUAAUGUAAAAAUCCAUGAUGUAUUGUAUUUAAAGUGUUGCACAUCCCAGCAUGGAGGAUUUGGGGAGCAGUAACCAGGGUGUGAAUGACUUUGACACAUCAUUGCUCACUGCAGCCAUCUAAGCAGGACACUCUGUGCUCAGAGGCAGUGUAUGGAAUUUUGUGUGCCCAUUGAAUGCCAGGUACACCUCCACUUGCCUCUUAUCUUAUUUUUAUAUAUUUUUCUAAAUAUAUGUAUAUAUAUAUAGUACAUAGAAAAUAGAACUUUUAUUUUGUGACAUAAGGAAGAUGAUGGCAAGAUCACAUUGAAAAUAAAAACAAAAUCAGAUAAAAACAAAACAUAGUGAUCUAAAUUUUCAUGUUCCAGAUGGUCCUUAAGAGAUUUUUCUUUCUUCACAGCUGAACUUUUUAACAAAGUUUAUCUUUCAGGCUAAAUUAACAUACAUGAAAUAGCCUUUUUUAAUGGCACCACAGAAUUGUAGAGCAAUCUAUUUUGAUUUUAAUCUUGGAUCCAUUUAUCUUACAAGGAAGAACUCAAGGGACAUUACUAUACCAUUAACUUGUAUGUAUUCAUAAACAUUCACACAGACCCCUGUCAAAAUCGGUAGAGAUAAUUUCUAAAGAAAUCAAAAAUAAAACAAAAACUUUAUAGUGUUUUUUAUUUUCUUCUUUGUUACAUACAUCAUUACAUCAAAGUACUAACAGUCUGCCUAGAUAAUGGUAUGUUUCUCAGGCCAUCAAUAAAUGGAGCUUCAUUUCAUUUCAAUCAGAUUCAAAAAUUCUGAGGCUGCAAAACUAAUUAUAUAAUGGCUAUUUCAUUACAUAAAAUGUAGUUCCUGUUUUUCUAUAACACAAAACUCAAAUUUUCUUUAUUUAAAAAAAAAUAGUUGCAGCAAAACUGUACUAUUCGUGUUUUUUAUGGGGUAUUAGAAAAAAAUCUAUUUUUCAUUCAGUGCUACAUAUGCUUAUGAUGGUCAACUGUGGAAAGGAUGGGUUUUCACAAGAUGGAAUGAGGUGGGCAGUUCAGUCAAUGUGAGUGAACUUGUUUAUAAACUCUAUUUGAAUAUCAGUGGUGUUAUAUUUUAUAUUGUCAGCAAGUUAUCAAGCUAUUCAUCAAGGAACUUAUAACAUAGAUUACUAUUUAUUCAUAACUGAAAGGAUUUGAUGCUAUGGUGAUUUCCUUUGAACUUUUUAUCAUUCAUUACUUGGUAACUAUAUUGGACUCUUCCUGUAUUUGGAUUUUAUUUUAAUGUGAAUAUAUGUCACCAUUUGAAAAACUCAAUUUGUUAUUAGAAACUGGUUGAAAAUACCAGAAGACUGUUAAAAAAUGCCAAAUUUUCUUUAAGAUUAAAAUUUUUUCAAUGAUAUAUUUUAUUUGCAAAAUAUUAUACACUGCUGGUAUUACCAUAUGAGAGGAAAUAAAGUCAAUACUUAAUUGCCUAAUGCCUUUAUUAUCGUUGUUUAAUUUUUACCUGGUUCAAAAUAACAGAUGGGCUUGGUUUCUGGUGUAGAAAAUAGUAACAAACUCUUUCUCAUUGGUAAACAUCCAUAAAUUUGUUUAAGUGGAGUGCCUAAUGUGUAUCAUUGGAGAAAAAUUUGAGGUCUUUGAGAAAGAUUAUAUGAAAGGAAUAUAAUCAACUGAGUGGGGGAAUGAGGAAUCAUGACAGAAAGGAUAUAGGAAAAGUAAACAGCAAUGACUCACCUACAGAUUUGAAGCCAGUUAUAGAAAGAGGUGUAUGAAUAUGACCCAUACACCUUUGAAGAGCAUACUAUCUUUUGGAAGAGGGAACAUCUAGGAAGAAAUUACCAAAGAUUAAAAGUAGAGUAAACAUAACACAGAGAAGAACAGAUGUUUUGUGUGAAAUUGAAAACGUGUAACUUAAUAAACCAGCAGGAAUCUGUAUAAAUACAGCACACCUACUUGACAAACAGGGAGCCCUCACAUGUUUGCUUAGCAGUGUGUCUAUAUGCUUAGCUAUACCAAGGAAGUAUAGGGCUAGGAAACUGUGAUCAUAUUAACAGAUGUGACUUCAUUGCAGAACUUUUCCUCUGAGAAAGAAGCAAUUCUGAAUGACAUUCACAUGCUUGAUGUUUGGGAGCAGUAUUGAUUGGGUGCAGAGAAAAUGGGGCAAAAAGCAUCACAGCAGUUGGCUCUGAAGGACAGCACUGAGGUUCUUAGCAUCUGUGAGGUGGUCAGUGAAGCCAUAGUCCAUGCAGCUCAGAAGCUCAAGGAGUAUCUUGGAUUUGAGUAUCCACAGAGCAAACUCUGCCCAGCUGCAAAUACUCUGAAUGAGAUCUUCUUAAUCCACUUCAUCACUUUCUGCCAAGAAAAGGGAGUUGAUGAGUGGCUCACCACCACCAAGAUGACCAAGCACCAAGCCUUACUAUUUGGGGCGGACUGGGUUUGGACCUUUUGGGGAUCUGAUAAGCAAAUAAGGCUUCAGCUGGCGGUUCAGACUCUACAGAUGGCUUCUCUUCCUCCUGUGCAGUCAAAACCUUGUGACUCCCCCAGUCCGGAGUCGAGGGUAGAGGAGUCUUCCUGGAAGAGAAGUAGAUUUGAUAAGCUGGAAGAAUUCUGUAACUUGAUAGGAGAGGAUUGUCUGGGCUUGUUCAUCAUCUUUGGUGUGCCGGGAAAACCUAAAGACAUCAGGGGAGUCGUCUUGGACAGUAUCAAAAAUAAGACUGUAAGGAGCCAUCUGCCAGGACGCAAGGCUGUGGAACGGUUUGUCCUGGAAACCGAAGAUUGUGUCUCCAUCAAAGAACUGCUUGGAAACUGCCUGAGUAAGAAAGAUGGGCUGAGAGAGGUGGGCAAAGUUUUUAUUAGCAUCCUCUGAACUGGAUGUGUGCUGUGACUGGCCUGUAUCAUAAAAAGAAAAAAAAGAUAUUCUCAUAAGCAAGCUCAUUUACAUACAUCAUUCCUACAUGGGAUUUUUUUUCCCCCUCUUCCCUUAUCCCAUUGAUUGAAAAUGAUUACCUGGGUCAAAGAAGUUUGACAAUUAUUGGUUUCGUAAUUGUGGAACAAAAAAAAAGAAAAAGAAGAAAAACCCUGGCUGAAUUUUAGGAAAUUUUAUAAUUAGGUUUAAUAUUUAUUCAUUUAUUCAGUAAUAAUUGGAAAGCAUAGUAAGGUUAUGCAUAAAGUUUGAUUUGCAAAAUAAAGUAUCUUUGUUUAAAAUAAAAGUCUA